AUGGCCGAGGAAGAAGAAGAUCAGCAGAAGGAGAAUAGAGAGGAGUUCUUCGAAAUAGAGUUUCAGGUGCUCAGCAGUAUCCCUUCGCUUGUGUACUACGAGCACCGGCUGACGAGUAAAGAAGCUCUUCUCGCCAACUGCCUUAUCCCCAUCACUACGCUUUGCAGAGCCAUUCCGGUAGAGAAGGUUCGUGCGAGAGUUGCGAGAAAAUUGAACAGGGCUGCCAGCAGAGGAUCCAGCAGAGGAUUUCGGAGCAGGAAGCAGGAGUUCGGUCUUGUGAGCAGCUCGGCCAGAGGGAAGAAGGGGAUAUCGCACAGAGAAGGGUUUGGGGAGUUCCCUGUACAGGGAGUUCGCGAAGCAGGAGGACCUGAGCAGUUUGGCGAGGCGUGGCGGCUCUGGAGAGGCAGUUAUUCUCGUGUAAGAGGCAGAGGAGGAAUUCCUGAUUUGUUCCACUGGACGCAGCGGAGUGCCUGCGAGAAGGAGGCGCGAGCACAGAACAUGAAGUUUUCUCCAGUGAACAGGUGUGAUCUCUGUCAGAAGGGAUCAGAGCUCUCGGUUGACGAAGGCAGUGGAGUUCACGGGGAGAAGAGCUACGAGCAUUUCAAGGAUGUGAUGCUCUAUGAAAGGGUGCAGACUAUUACUAUAGAGGAGGUUCAAUCUCUGAUUAGAUCCAAAGAACUUCAGAGGAAGCAUGACAGGGACAAGGAAGUCAGCGGAGAUAGUCUUAUUGUCAGAGGAAGAUCAGACAAGAAAGAUUCAAGAAAUGGUCAGUACAGAUCAAGAUUAAACAAGGAUGGCCGGAAUCAGUCAUCAAGGGGAUCUUUCAAGUGCUAUCAUUGUCACAAAGACGGUCAUUUCAAGAGGAACUGCCCAGACAGGAAGAAUAAGUAUCAAGAAGAGUCAGAAGAACCAGGAGAAGCAAGCGUAGUCUCUGAUGACUACGAUUCUGCUGAGGCCCUAGUGAUCACAGAAUUUGAAUCCAGUAAGGAGUGGAUCCUCGACUCAGGGUGUUCUUUUCACAUGUGUCCUCACAAAGACUGGUUCGAGACACUGCAACAGGAAAAUGAUGGGUUCGUUCUACUGGGAGACAAUAAAGCUCACAGGAUUGUUGCAAGUGGAUCAAUCAUGAUAAGAAUGUUUGAUACGUACCAGAGCUCAAAAGAAAUUUGA